GUUUUCCGUCCCAUUCAUCACACUCCAUAUACCUGGCUUCAUACCAACAAACUCUUCCCUUCUCUCAAGUUUCUCAUUCUGAAGGCUCAACUGACUCGACAAUUACGGACACCAGCCUUAUCUUCCCAUUAGACCAGCUUCGGUAUCCUACUCAUGUCCAACAUCCAUUUGUUGGUCCUUGUCCACGGCAUGUGGGGGAACCCAAGGCAUCUCGCAGAACUCGACCGUAUCAUCCGCGAAGUCAAGGGUGACGUCGAGACCGAGGACACCAAGCUCGCAGUCCUCGUUGCUGAGACCAACAAGGAGGAUAGCACCUAUGAUGGCAUUGACUGGGGAGGAGAGCGUGUUGCUCAAGAAGUCUUCGAUGAGAUCAAAAAACACGAAGACGCCGGGAAGAAGGUCACUAAAUUCUCCAUUACCGGUUACAGUCUUGGUGGGCUCAUCGCCCGCUAUCUCAUAGGUAUACUGCACCAAAAGCAGUUCUUUGAGAAAAUAACUCCCGUUAACUUCAACACAAUCGCAACACCACAUAUUGGUAUCCCAAGAUUCCAAUCCACUUUCUCUUCCAUAGCGUCGUUCCUCGGCCCAAGACUCCUGUCAAGAACUGGCGAGCAGUUCUUUGGGGUCGAUAAGUGGUCUCCCAGCGGCCGCUCCCUCUUGGAAGUCCUCGCUGACCCUGACCACAUAUUCCACCAAGCACUUGUCUUAUUUCCCAACCUCCGCAUUUACGCUAAUGCACUUAACGACCUCACUGUACCAUAUGUCACUGCUGCAAUAGACGAUAAAGAUCCGUUUGGCGACUACGAGAACAACGGACUAGAGGUAGAGAUAGAUGAGAAAUACAAGCAUAUCAUAAUAUCGUAUAAUUUGCCCGCCACACCCCCGCCUCCCAAGGAAGAGAAGAAGGACACUCGGAGCUGGUGGGAAAGAGUGCGGACCUCUGAACCUCCCCUGCCUCCCAUCUUCCCUCGCGUCUUCCCUCUGAAUCUCGUUCUUUACGGCCUCAUACCCAUUCUCCUUCCUACCUUCAUCUCUCUCGCCCUCCUCCGCCUCUCCAUCUCCUCGCGCAAGUCCCGCUCGCGCAUAAAGAUGCUCGAGUCCGACAAGUCUGACAAGAACCCGCUCAUGCACAUCGUCGCCAAGCUCGAGGCCGACCUCGAGACCGGCAUCAUGGACAUGUACGACGAGGCGGACGCGAGUCGGACGCCGCAGGGCACACCCGAGUCCAGCGACGACAUAACGAAGGAGCUGCAGGUGCAGCCGCCUCUGCUGACGCCCAUGCAGCGGCGGUGCAUUGAUAACUUGAACAAGAUCCCGCAGCUCAAGAAAGAGCGUGCGUUCUUCAAGGACGUGCGCAAUGCGCAUGCGAUGAUUGUGUGCCGGGAUGUCAAAAGGUUCCAGUUCCACGAGGAGGGCGAAGGUGUGCUGAGACAUUGGGCGGACCAUUUCGUGCUUGUGUAGAUUGUUCCAUGGACCACUUUAUUUAUUCUUGGCGAUCGGUUGCUGCUGUUCAUUUUCUUUGGGGGAAGACCACUCAUGAUGUAUCUAUAUUUUCUGCUAAUCCGUUUUGAUGGUCUGCAUAUAUCAAUCUCGAAGCUCGAGCUCGUUUG